UUUGUAUUAGCAAUCCAAGCAAAAAAACAACUUGGUGAGCGUUUUCAUACAAACUUAUACCUACUCCGCGUUCGCUUUUGAGGGCAUAUUUAUCGCAUAUUUUUUCUUGAAUGAAAAACCUCACGUUGGUGGCAGCAAAUCGACGCGAUUACGUAUAUGCGGUUGGCUUGCUGCGAGUGCGGAAAAAAGUCCAUCGAUCGCGACGACUGGAACGGAACGAGCUGCUUCAACUGCUGCUGGUGGGCGGCGGCGUGAUGCAGAACCCAACAACAUUUACAUUUCCCGCGGUACCGAAUCCCGCAGUCAACGAGAAAUACCGUCGGAAGUACCGACGACUCAAACGAUUGAUGAAGAAUCUAGUCUUCGAAAAUGCUGCCCUUUGUGAUCACGUUGCUCAAAUUCAGGAGAAUAUCCUGCUAGUGAAGGAGGAGCGACGGUAUCUACUGAAGAAGCUGCUGGAGCACGAAAAUGAUAUGGAAACUCAACUGGGAAGGCCGUGUAGCAAAUUGAACGAAUUAAUAGCCAAUAGCUUACCUCCUAAACGACAGUACAAAAAAAGAUCUGCUCCCGAAGGGAAUGCAGCCGAUUCAACCCCCAAAGGCAAAGGUCAGGGGAAAAAAGGUCGUGCUAAUGCUAGUGCAACCAAUGCGGACAAAAAUGUUGCCAAAAAGAACGCAGCGUUCAUUCAACCUGGUCAUCCAACGUACCCGAUGACGGUGGCCGGCUUUACGAUCUAUAAUCUGGGCGAAAUCCUUCCGGAUCGGCCCGGGUACAAUACUGAGUACACAAUCUAUCCAGUGGGCUAUACGGUUAGCCGGCCGUACGGCCAUUUGAAAGACCCUCUGAAGAAAUGCAUUUACACAUGCCGUGUCCUGGACAAUGGCACUCACCCGCGGUUUGAAAUCAUUCCGGAGAACGAUACGGAGCUGACCAUAACGGGGAAUUCGACCGAUGCAUGCCACGCCACUUUGUUGCAGUGUAUAAAUGCAUCUUUGGAUUGCCGAGGCAUCGACGGAAGACCUUCGGGUGAUUGGUUCUUCGGGUUGUCCCAUCCGACGAUUUGCAGUUUGCUGCAGAGCUUUCCCAGCUCGAAGCGAUGCCUCAACUAUAAGGGCAUCAAGAAGGAAAAUUUUGCCAACAUGGAUAAGGCAAACGACCCGACGCUGAACUAUGAGGCCCUGCAGCGACACAUAACGAUUUCGGCGUACCACACGAUGCCGGAGAUUAAAGAAGAACCGCCGGAUGAGUUGCUAGACCAUUCGGAUGGAAAUUCUUUUAGUUUAUCUUAAUGAGCCGGGGUUUGUUUUAAAUUGAGUGAUUGUAUGGUAUGAGAGUGAGUAAUUUGAAUAAAGCAAUGAUCUUGAUGAA